CAAUCUCUUUUCAUGUCUUCACCAAUCCCCACAGACCUCUUUUGUAUCGAGUGUUGUGCCUGGGAGCGCGGCGAGACUCGGUCUGGCUCACAUGCAGACACAGGAGGAUGCUUGCUUGAGUAACACACAGCGAUCAUGUCAGAUACUGCACCAUCACGAUGACAUCUAAAUAUGGAUGUGGAUCUUAUUCUUUUGGGUCUAAGGAGACUUAGAUUAGUUGUCUGGGUCUUGUUUCUUCUCUUGCAGUGGGCAGAAAGUUUAACACCUCUCAAGACCUCAACUCUGUGCCUGGAAAAGCCUUGCCAAAACAGGGCAGAGUGUAGGGAAGCCCCAUCUGACUUCAUCUGCCAAUGUCAGUCUUCGUGGCCAAGCGAGCGAUGCCACUCUUCUGGUGCACUCUGCCAAUCGUCCAUCUGCCAGGGCAAUGCAACGUGCCAGGCCACUGGCGCCCGUCCAGGGGAACUAGCGUGCCAAUGCGUGCCAAACGUGUUGGGUCACGAUUGUGACUCUAGUGUCCGUCUCUGUGCUCAGAAGCUGUGUGGAGAUGAUGCCCGCUGUCUGGCAGUGCAAUACAGGAGUCCAGGGUACGCAUGCAUCUGUCGAGAAGGCUACACUGGGACUUUCUGUGAGAAAAAGGUGGAACAUUGCUCCCCCAACCCGUGCCGUAACCGUGCCAUCUGCAGGAGCAGAGGGGAUGGCCCCACCUGCUUCUGUGUCCCGGGAUUCCAGGGCGAACGCUGCGACAUCGAGGUGAAUGAAUGCGUGUCAGGGCCCUGCAGGAACGGAGCCACCUGUCUGGACAAGAUUGGCCACUACAUCUGUCUUUGUAAGCCUGGAUACACAGGUAGCAACUGUGAGCUCGAGAUUGACGAGUGUCAAUCACAGCCUUGUCUCCACGGCGGCAGUUGCCAUGACUACGUCAAUGGUUUCUCGUGCACCUGCCUGGCGGGUUUCCAGGGGGAGCACUGCGAAAUCAACAUCAAUGAAUGCAAAGACCAGCCAUGCCAAAAUGAGGCGCUAUGUGUAGAUGAAAUAAAUGGUUACCACUGUGACUGUUUGCAAACUGGUUUUACUGGUGUUCACUGUGAGGUUCCACCUCCACCCUGCUGGUCUCAACCCUGCCUCAAUGGCGCCCUCUGUCAGGAUAAAGACGAUAACUACACCUGUAAUUGCUGGCCUGGAUUCAAGGGUCAUACCUGUGAGACAGACAUCAGUGAGUGUGAUAGCGGUCCUUGUGUGAAUGAAGGCACAUGCAUCGAACUGUCUUGGGAGAGUCUUUAUGGCACCGAGUUCCUAUUACCAUCACAGUACGACCCUAGAAACGCAUCUGGAUUCAUCUGCAGGUGUCCACCUGGAUUCUCAGGUGCCUUGUGUGAGCUGAACGUUACUGCAUGUUCCACCAAUCCGUGUCAUAAUGGAGCCACGUGCGAGGAUUAUCUCGGCAGCUACAAGUGCAUCUGCUUGUCAGAGAGCCAAGAUGGAGUCCUCUACGCGGGUCACAACUGUAGCGAGCCACUGGUGGGUUGCGAGGGCCACGAGUGCCAGAAUGGGGCAACCUGCGUGCCCUUCCUGACUGAGGGAGUACAUGGUUACAGUUGCUUUUGCCGGGCAGGCUACACUGGAUCAUACUGCCAGACACCUACCGCAUUCUCCUUCGAGACAUCCGGAGGUUACCUGCACCUGCAGACGCCCUUGCUCGGUUCCGAGACAUAUUUCAAUAUCAAGCUAAGCUUUCGGACAGUGCUGAAGAAUGCGAUGCUCUUCCAGAGGGGCAGGGAAGGUGCCACACUCAGUCUGGAGCUGCAAAAUGGCCAGCUGCUACUUAGGUUUAGGAGUGACCCUCAAUCAAAUUUAACCUGGGUACUGACUCUACCUCAAGAUGUUUCUGAUGGCAACUGGCACACGGCAGAAGUUGCGUUUGAAGAAGACACGUUACUUCUGCGGCUGCUAGAAAUCUGUCAGGGAGAAGAUAACUGUGGUACAGCAGUCCGAAUAGAUCCAGGUAGCCUUGAGCUAGAGUCAGCUCUACAAAGCACCUUUGUCGGAGGAUUGGGAGAUGGAGAAGGUUCUGGUUCAUUCAUUGGCUGCAUGAGGGAUCUGUUUGUGGACUCACAGCUGAUGGUGCCAGAGGACUGGUUAAGCACCUUAGCGGUCAAUGUCACGCAAGGCUGCAACCAUCAAGAUCGAUGCCUUUCUGGACCUUGCGAGAAUCAAGGAGAGUGUGUUAACCUGUGGCAAGGUUACAAGUGCAAAUGUCAGCGACCGUAUGAAGGUCAAAACUGUGCGGAGGAGUACAUUACAGCCAGAUUUGGCCAGGAAGAUCCAGCAAGCUAUGCUGUCUUCACCAUAAACGACCAACUGGAAUCAGGUAGCCUCUAUCUGUCCAUGUUCUUGCGCACACGGAAGGAAUCUGGUUUGUUGGUGCUCCUUGCCAACAGCGCAUGUGAAUACUUGCGAGUGUGGCUGGAAGAGGGAAAACUAAAAGUGCAAGUCAACAACUUGAAGAUCACAACAGGUGCGAGUCUGAUUAACGAUGGUGAGAUCCACUUUGUCGGCAUUACCAUUGAGGAUGGUGUGAUGAUUCUACAAGAAUCGGGCCAUGAAUUCGAAGCAACGGAUAUUGAUCCCGUUUCCGUUCAGCCUGGAGAUAAGGUUUAUGUUGGUGGGAUGGUUGAUGGACAAGAAUUGUCUACCUUUGGUGGUUAUUUUAAAGGGUGCUUGCAGGACCUACAGCUCAAUGACAAGAAGCUACAGUUUUUUCCACUUGGUGCUUCGGCAACGUCGUACAAGCCAGACCACAUGGUUGAUGUUACCGCAGGGUGUACAAGCGAUGACUCCUGCUCUAAAAACCCAUGCCAAAAUGGUGGCAUUUGUUUCUCUUCAUGGGAUGACUUCACAUGCACCUGCCCUCCCCACACAGCAGGGCGGCGCUGUGAGGAGGUGAGAUGGUGCGAACUUAACCCCUGCCCAGAGAAAGCAGCAUGCAGGGCCCUCAACCAGGGCUAUGAAUGCAUUUCAAACGUGACUUUUCAAGACACCGGCACUCUCAUAUACCGGGGGAAUGGGCUGAUCACUCGCCACCUAACCAGCAUUAUGUUCAACAUCCGAACACGCAAACGCAAUGCUGCGGUGUUACACGCUGAGAAUGGGUCUGACUCUGUGACGGUCUCCAUUCAGGAUGGCUUUGUGGUACUAGAGCUCCUUAGUGGAUCUUCCCUCUCUUCAACACCUCUCUCACCUCUGACCCUACAGAGUUCAAGACCAGUAACUGAUGGAGAGUGGCAUGUUGUGGAGCUCCUAAUGGUCAAUCCUUGGGCUAACAGCUCCCAGUGGAUAAUGCUUCCCUUGGAUGAAAGGGACGAGCCGACUAUGUCAAACUCAGUGGCCGGGAAUCUGGAUUUCCUCACGGAGGACGUAGAUAUUCUAAUCGGAGGGCUCGUCCCGGAGUCUGGUUGGAAUCUGAUUGGAUGUUUGAGUAAUGUUGAGAUUGGUGGUAUCGUGCUUCCGUAUUACGCUCCCAACGAGGUGAGGUUUCCACAAGUACAAGAUGAGAAGUUCCAAAAGAUAUCCGAGGUUCCCGUCCAGACCGGAUGUGUUGGUGGGGUGGCUUGUGAACCCAAUCCUUGCCUGAACGGAGGUAUCUGUGAAGAUCUCUUUAACUUCUUCAAUUGCUUCUGUACUCCGGGUUGGGCCGGGGAUCGGUGCGAACUGAACGUAAAUACCUGCACAUCUAACCCCUGUCAACAUGGCUACUGCCGCAAACAGGGAAAUGCGUACAAUUGCACUUGUCAGAGCGGCUACACUGGAACCAAUUGCGAGAUGAAGGUGGACAUGUGUGCCGGCCACAAGUGUGCUAACGGAGGGACCUGCUUGCAAGGCAUCAACAGCUAUUCUUGUCUUUGUCCAGACAAGUUUACUGGAAGAAAUUGCACUGUUCAGAUUGAAGAGGCACCGUGGUAUGUAGUUGUCAAAAAUGUACCCUCAAAGCUCCCGGUGUCCAUCUGUGGUGACGAAGAGCACAACUACACAUGUUUCAAUGGGGGCAACUGCUCUGAGACCACCCUAAUGUGUGACUGCCUGCCUGGAUUUUCGGGUCAAUGGUGUGAAUUAGACAUCGAUGAGUGCAGAUCCAACCCUUGCUUAAAUGGUGGCUAUUGCCACAACAUGGUUAACAAGUUCCAAUGUGUCUGCGACGUGACCUUCGCCGGCAACACCUGCGAAUUGGACCUGAAUGCAGAGAGUGUUACCUCUAAUCUACUGCUGUCCAUCGGCCUGGUUUCUGUGGUUCUGUUGUUGGUUCUGUUCGGCGUGGCCACGGCUUUGGUGUUGGCGCUGAGUCGGCGAGCGACACGUGGCACCUACAGUCCAAGCCGUCAGGAGAAAGAAGGUUCCCGAGUGGAAAUGUGGAACAUUGUCCAGCCUCCACCAAUGGAGAGACUCAUCUGAACUGUUAAGACAUUUAUUCUGAACAAUAUUAGCCAAUCAUAUUGAUCUAAAAUGGCUACAAGUGAGACUCUAAAUCCUUAUGAAUGCUUACGAAGUAGUGCUGGGCAAAGAUUAAUCGCAUACAAAAUAAAAGUGAUUUUUUUGUGUGUAAUUAUUAUGUAUAUUUAACCACACACACACAUAUAUAGUCAUUCCAGAAUUUUUUUUAUAUAUAUCAAUUUGUUUAAUUUUUAUAUAAUAGAAUAUAUGAAGAGUUUCGUUGCAAAACGAGAUAACUCCGUUUUUAACAUUUUUGUCAAAACAUGUUUAUUAUUAUGUUAUCAUGUUAUUAUUUUGUUUUAUGGUGCUACUUAGCUGUAUUUUGCAAAUAUGAAGGUUUAAAUCAAAACAAACCAACUGCAGUUGAAUUGAUAUUAAUUGGAAUGCACAACCAAAAAACAAGAUUUCUGAAAAAUAAAAAAAACUGAGUUAUCUCGUUUUGCAACGAAACUCUUCAUAUAAAAAUAUAAAUAAAUAUAUAUACACAUGUAAAUGUUUCUUAAAUACAUACAUGAAUGUGUGUGUAUUUACAGGCCAGUCUCACGAAAUUUCGUUAUAUAGUCACGUAACUUUUUGAUUC